AUGCAGCAGAGCAUCUUGGGCACCUUGCCCUCUGCAGCAGCAAACAGCGCUGCCAGGGAGUGUCCACGGCGGAGAGCGCAGCGGUUGAGUCAUGUGCAGCCGAGGGCGACAGCAUCUGUGGAUGGGCAGAGGACGGUGCCCAAGAACUCGGUGCUGGUGGUGGGUGGCACAGGAACGCUGGGCAGACAGGUCGUCAGGCGCGCCCUGGACGAAGGCUAUGAGGUGCGCUGCAUAGUGCGACCGAGACAGAACCCGGCCGAUUUCCUGCGCGACUGGGGCGCGACGACGGUGCAGGCGGAUCUGCAGGACCCCACUUCUCUGCCUGCAGCGCUUGUGGGAAUCCACACGGUGAUCGACUGCUCGACUGCUCGGCCGGAGGAGUCCACUCAGAAGAUCGACUGGGAGGGGAAGGUCGCCCUCAUGCAGUGUGCGCAGGCGAUGGGCAUUCAGCGGUAUGUGUUCUUCAGCAUCCACAACGCGGAGCGCCACCCGGAGGUGCCACUGAUGCUCAUCAAGUCCUGCUCAGAAAAGUUCCUGGAGAACUCGGGCCUCGACUACACCAUCUUCCGCCUCUGCGGCUUCAUGCAGGCGAUCAUUGGGAACUAUGCGGUGCCUAUUCUGGAGGACAGACAGGUGUGGGGGACCUCAGACCAGACACAGACCGCCUACCUCGACUCACAGGACGUGGCGAAGAUGACACUGGCGGCGCUGCGCAGCGAUUCGACCAUUGGCAGAACGCUCACUCUCGCGGGGCCCAAGGCGUGGACCGUGCCCGAGGUCAUCGCUCUGUGCGAGAAAUACGCGGACGAACGCGCCAACGUAACCGAGGUGCCGGUGUGGCUACUGAAGGCGACGCGCAGCUUCCUCAAGAGCUUCCAGUGGGCACGCGACGCAGCAGACCGCCUGGCCUUUGCGGACAUUCUGGCGUCGAACGAGAAUUUCUCAGCGCCGAUGGAAGAGACGUACAAGCUCCUGGACCUCAACCCGGCGGACACCACCACCCUCGAAGACUACCUGCAGGAGUACUACACAUCCAUUCUGAAGAAACUCAAACAAGUGGGCGCAUCUUCAAGGCAGACCGAUUUCUAUGUGUGA